AUGGCGGACGCCGAAGGAGAGACCGCGAUCCAGAACUCGUACUGCUUCUGGUACAUGAAGAAGAACACGGGCGGGAAGGCGGCGCUGGAUGACCAGGAGAGCUACGAGAAGAGCAUCAAGGAGCUUGGCGAGUUCAAGACCGUGCAGGGCUUCUGGCGCCUGUACAACCACCUCAUUCGGCCCAACGAUCUCCCCAACACAACCGACUACCACCUCUUCAAGACGGGCAUCAAGCCCAUGUGGGAGGACGCGGCGAACCGUCGUGGCGGCAAGUGGAUGAUUCGCAUUCGCAAGGGUGUCUCGUCGCGCUACUGGGAAGACCUCGUGCUGGCGAUCAUUGGCGAGCAAUUCGACGUCGGCAACGAGAUCUGCGGCGCCGUCAUGUCCAUUCGGUACAACGAGGAUAUCAUCUCGCUUUGGAACCGGAACGCCGACAACAACGAAGCCUGCUACAGAAUACGCGAUACCAUGCGCAAGCUGCUCAACUUGCCGCAGUUUGUCGUGCUCGAGUACAAGCGCCACGACACGUCGCUCAACGACAACUCGAGCUUCCGCAACACGACGGUGUGGCGCACGGGCGAGAAGGGUGUCCGCACGACCGACGAGAGCGAGGCCACGCCCACAGGCGAGACGCCGAGCGCCCACCCACGCCAUACGCGCGAGAGCGGCCAUCGGUCGUCCAACAUGGACCGUACCAACACGUCCCGGGGCAAGCAGCGCGAUGGCAACGCGACGUCGACCCGCGGCGCAUGGACGCGCGACCCGACGGUCCGCGAGCAGCCAAAGAAGAACCGGUCGAGCAGCUUUUCGCAAGACGAAGACGGGUGGCAGACGCAGCACUAG